GAGCAUAACCUAUCUGAGCCCCUGUUCCUAUACGUGCCCCACCAGUCUGUCCACUCAUCGGGCUUUAACUUUACACUGGAGGUGCCCCAGGAGUACAUCGAUAUGUUUGCGUACAUUGAGUCCGAUAUACGGCGACAAUUGGCAGCUGUUGUCUACGCUAUGGACGAGUCUAUCGGUGCGGUUGUGGAGGCCUUGCAUUCAAAACAAAUGUUGGAAAACAGUAUCAGGGUACCGGCGUUCAUAUGGAGUCCAUUGUUGAACAAAAGUGGUUACGUGUCGGACGCCAUAAUUCAUGUGACAGAUCUCUUACCCACGGUAUUAGAUGUAAUCAACGGCACCGGGAUGUUGUAUGAUCAGCGUGUGCCAAUAUAUGGCAAAUCUCAAUGGAAAACACUGUCCAACGAUGACCUCCCGGUGCGAACUGAGAUCAUCCAUAAUGUGGAUCCCGUUUGGAGUAUAUCUGCCAUUCGGUGGUACGACUGGAAACUCAUCCAAAACUUUACGUUUUAUGAGUACCAAUAUGUCCCUGAAAAAGCCCUCAAAAUGUUGCCACCUCUCGGCUCCUACAGCUCACCAUUCAAUGCAAAUAACCAAUCGUUUCAAUCAUUACAGUCAAUGGAUCGCUUGAAUAGUAAAUCAUAUCAAGUGUUGCGGCAAAUGAAUAGACGACCCGAUUAUGAGGUGCUUAAGGGGUCUGUCGUUGAGUGCGGAACUACACUUUCGCAAGCUUUACACUGUACUGAUACAGAGUUGUGUUUGUUUAACAUACGGGACGACCCGUGCGAAUACCAUAACCUGAUUGGGGAAACGGAUCCCCAAUUCGUGCGAUUCUUGUGGCAGAAAUUGGUUCACUUUAACGAGACAUCUGUAUACCCGUUAACACUCGCACCGGUGGAUGAUAGGGCUGACCCUGAGCUACAUAAUAACACAUGGGCUAAUUGGUUAGACAUGGAUGUCAGUAAUUAUACUAAAGACAGGAGUGAACUUUAA